AUAAGGUACUUCUAGCCAAUGCCUUAGAAACUAUUGUUGCUGGACAAAUUCCUGGGAAUUUCUGUGAAAAACUAACCUCUAUGGAUGAGUUCCAGAAGAAAUCCAACCAAAAGCAUGAUACAAGAUCCCGAAAAGUAAGAUUCAAAAUUUCCUCAGCUUACAGUGGUCGAGUCUUAAAACAAAUGUAUGAAGAUGGGCAAGAGCUUGAAAUCCCAGCAGAAGACUACUCUCAUAAUGGUCAGUCCUGGAAUUUUGAACCCCGAAACAAUUUAUUGGGGAUUAGAGAAAACCCAGAUCACAGCUUUUAUCCAUCAGCUAAACUGAAUGCCCAGAGGAUCAGUGUAUUCAGAGAAGGGAACAAAUACACUCUCACAAGUAACUCUUCCCUUCUAAAUGACGACAAGGCUGAUGGUCAUAUGCAUCCUCGCAUUUUAGAUUUUGGAAGGAUUAUAAUCUAUACUAGUAAUCUAAAAAUAAUCCGGACACCACUGAGCAAGAAAGAGCUAAUGCAAAGAAUCAUGCAAAGUGAAGGUGUUGAUGAUUGUUCCUUCAUGAACUCUGAAGGAAGAGGAGGAAGUAGCAGCAUUCAAAGCAAUGGAAACAUAAACAGUGAUGAAACUGAAUCAGGCCACAACCAACAUGUUUGGGUUUGUGUGAAUCGAUACGAAGGAAAAUUGUUUAAUCAAGCCUUUGUAUUUCAGGAAGACAACGAGGAGAACAGCUGCUCACAGUGUAAAGGAUCAGGCUCUGCCCCCUGUGCUGUGUGUCAUGGAAGCAAGUUUUCAAUGUUGGCUAAUCGGUUUAAAGAGUCAUACAGAGCUCUGCGAUGCCCUGCCUGUAAUGAAAACGGGCAGCAGCCUUGCCAGAUUUGUGUUUAG